AUGAAGAAGAAGCAGCAGCAGCAGCAGCAUCCCGGCGGCGGCGGCGGCGCGGAGCCCUGGCCCCGCGGGGCCCCCGCGGGGGGCGCCCCUCCCGGCCCGGGCGGCUGGAAGCGCCGGCUGCGCCAGCUCCCGCUCCUGCGCUUCUCCCUCCGGGACUACGGCUUCUGCAUGGCCACUCUGCUGGUCUUCUGCCUGGGCUCCCUCUUCUACCAGCUCGGCGGGGGGCCCCCGCGCUUCCUGCUCGACCUGCGGCAGUAUUUGGGAAAUUCCACUUACUUGGAUGACCAUGGACCACCUCCUAGUAAGGUGCUGCCCUUCCCAAGUCAGGUGGUGUAUAACAGAGUUGGCAAGUGUGGGAGUCGCACUGUGGUCUUGCUUCUGAGAAUUUUGUCGGAGAAGCACGGAUUUAAUUUAGUCACGUCGGACAUUCACAACAAAACCAGGCUUACUAAAAAUGAGCAAAUGGAACUGAUUAAAAAUAUAAGUACUGCCGAACAGCCCUAUUUAUUUACUCGACAUGUUCAUUUCCUCAACUUCUCAAGGUUUGGAGGAGACCAGCCUGUCUACAUCAACAUCAUCAGAGACCCCGUCAACCGGUUUCUGUCUAACUACUUCUUCCGGCGAUUCGGAGACUGGAGAGGGGAGCAGAAUCACAUGAUCCGCACGCCCAGCAUGCGGCAGGAGGAGCGCUACCUGGAUAUCAAUGAGUGCAUUCUCGAAAACUAUCCUGAGUGUUCCAACCCCCGGCUGUUUUACAUCAUCCCGUACUUCUGUGGACAGCAUCCCAGAUGCAGGGAGCCUGGUGAGUGGGCCCUGGAAAGAGCAAAACUGAACGUGAACGAAAACUUCCUGCUUGUGGGGAUCCUUGAAGAGCUGGAAGAUGUGCUGCUGUUACUGGAGAGAUUUUUACCUCAUUACUUCAAGGGUGUGCUCAGCAUCUACAAAGACCCAGAGCACAGGAAACUUGGCAACAUGACUGUGACCGUGAGAAAAACUGUCCCCUCGCCCGAGGCCGUGCAGAUUCUCUACCAGCGAAUGAGGUACGAGUACGAGUUCUACCACUACGUCAAGGAACAGUUCCAUCUGCUGAAGCGCAAAUUCGGACUGAAGUCGCAGGUCAGCAAGCCCCCUCUGAGACCCCAGUUCUUCAUCCCGUCUCCGCUGGAAACCGAGGAGCCCAUUGGUGACGAGGAGCAGGAUGACGAGAAGUGGCUCGAAGAUAUUUAUAAGAGGUGA